AUGGCUGCUGCAUCGAGUAAGACGUCUUUCGACGAGAGUCCCGAGAGGAUCAUUGAGCACGUAGAAGGCGGCCCGGCCGCGGUUGGCGACACAAAGUGCGAUCUGGACCUGCAGCAACACGCGCUCUACCACGAGGCUCUAGCGCUCUAUCCAAACGAUGAGUCGAUUGAUCAGGCUCAGGAAAAGGCUGUCGUCCGCAAGCUGGACAGGCGCAUUCUGCCCCUGCUGGGCAUCUGCUAUUUUUUCUACUACGUCGACAAGACUACUCUAUCCUAUGCUGCUAUUUUCGGACUCAAGGAUGGACUCGAUCUCAAGGGUGAAGAGUACUCCUGGCUAUCGAGCAGCUUUUAUUUUGGCUGGCUGAUCUGGGCCAUACCGUCCAACCUCAUCAUGCAAAGAUGUCCGCCAGCGUGGUAUCUGGCCUUUAACAUCUUCAUGUGGGGUAUCCUGCUCAUGGCGCAAGCUGCCGCCCGCAACUUUGCUGGUCUCCUCUCUUUGAGAAUCCUAUCUGGUGCAUUCGAGGCCAUUGCUGAUCCGGCUUUUAUGCUGAUCACCUCGAUGUACUACACGCGAAGCGAACAACCGUCUCGCAUCGCUGCUUGGUACAUCUGGAACGGCAUCGGAGUUGCCGGAGGUGGACUCAUUGGUUACGGCAUCGGCAACAUCAAAGGCGCCCUUGAGUCAUGGAGGUAUGAGUUCCUCGUUGUUGGCGCCUUCUGUGCCGCCUGGGGAAUUGUGCUCGUUAUCGCCCUUCCCAACUCACCUCGCACGAUCUGGGGAUUCUCGCACGACGAGAAGCUCAUCAUGGUAGCUCGCAUGCGGCGCAACCAGACCGGCAUCGAGCAGCGCAGGAUAAACUGGCAUCAGAUCAAGGAGGCCUACCUCGACUACAAGACUUGGCUCUUCACCCUGCUCGGCUUUGUGGCCAACGUGCCGAACGGCGGCAUCUCCAAUUUUUCCACCUUGGUCAUCAAGGGCCUUGGUUUCGGUACUUUGGAAACGGCGCUUCUGGGCAUCCCGCAGGGCGUGCUUGUCGUCAUCUGGAUUGGACUCGGCGCCGUUGCGAACAAGUACAUGCCACAAAACAGUCGCACACUCGUCUGCGCUUUGUUUAUGCUGCCCACAAUCGCCGGUGCCUUGGGUUUCCUGCUUGCCCCAGCCAAUGCAUACGUUGGCCGGCUCAUUUGCUUCUAUCUCACCGGCUCCUACCAGGCUUCGUUUGUCAUCUCUCUGUCGCUUAUCACAUCCAACACUGGCGGCCAGUCCAAGAAGAUGAUCGUCUCGGGCAUGAUCUGGUUCGGCGCCUGCAUCGGCAACAUCGCAAGCCCCUUUUUCUACAAGACGGAGCAAGCACCCUCCUACCCUCUGGGAAUUGGGUCUCUCCUGGUCGCCAACUGCAUCGAGCUUGCUCUCUUCUUUGUCUUCCGGUAUGCCUUUAUCUGGGAGAACAGACGCAAGGAGGCGCAGCGUGAGGCACUGCGCGCUGCCGGAUAUGAAGAGACGGACGAACUGAAUGCGACGGCCUUUGCGGAUAUGACAGACAAGGAGAACCCAAAUUUCACAUAUGUCUAUUAGCUUGAUUAUUGCUUCGAAAUAGAUAGAUCGGCCUUGU